UCUGACAUCGAUUGCUCGGGAGACGCGCAGUUCGGCGCUCUGCUGAGUGGGUCUGCCGGAGCAGCUGUUUUGAAGGAGUUUCGCAUCCCUGGAAAGGGACUCGGCCGCCACCCCCAAUUUUCUCCCUCUCCUGCAGCAAUGCCCGAGGGCCCGACUGUGAAGAGGUUCCAGCUUCAGUGCUCCUCAUUUGUGGGGCAGGGUGUGACCGAAGUAGGGGGAAGCACGAAGCAGAUGAACCCAGAUGAUCUGAAGGGGCUGGUGCUGUGGGACACUAAGGUCCACGGGAAGAAUUUGUUCCUGGCUUUUGGUGGAGUUCAGGAAGCAGCACCCAGCAGCGAGGGCUCUUCUACAGAACCUUCCGAACCCAGGUCAAGCAGCCGAGGGAUGGGCCUUGGCAGAGGCAGUCCCAUUCUUCAGAGUUGGGAAGGAGGCAAGGCCGACUCUGGGGGUCCGCAGCGCCCCCUGCAGGAGGAGCACGAAACUGAUUUAGCAUCAUUUAUGGACGACGCUGCCAGACCCCCUUGGAAAUGGCUACGCUUCCACUUUUGGCUCUAUGGGAGCGUCCGGGCCAAUGAGUUUGCAAGGGCCAACAAGGCUAAUAAAAGAGGGGACUGGAAAGAUCCCGUUCCCAGGCUUGUUCUGCAUUUUGAUGGCGGGGGCUUCCUUGUCUUUUAUAACUGCCGGAUCCAUAGCUGUUCUUCUCCUACCGCUGAGCCGGCUACUGACAUCCUGAGCUUGGAGUUUGAUCAGGAACGCGCUUUGGGGGCUCUGUGCAAAGCUGUACCUGUGUGCCACACCCUGCUGGACCAAAGAUAUUUCUCAGGGCUUGGGAAUAUCAUUAAGAACGAGGCCCUUUACCUAGCGAAGAUCCACCCACUCUCCCUCGGAUCCCUCCUGCCACUCCCGGAACUCAGGUCCCUGCUUGACCACGCUGUUCGCUUCACCUCCGACUGGUUCCUCAACAAGCGGCGGAGAGGGAGGCAACACUGGCAGAUCUACCAGAAAGAGAGAUGCCCUGAAGGGCACCAGGUGAGGAAAGAAGCCUUUGGUCCCCCGGAUGGACUGAAAAGACUUACCUGGUGGUGUCCCCAGUGCCAGCCUCAAGUUGCUCAGGAAGAGGCUGAAGACCUUUCUACUGGCAGCAGCUGA